UUUCUUUUUCUUUUCUAUACCUAUGAGAAGUGCUUUAACCUUCAAGACAAUAGCCACUUGUUCUACUACAAAGGCUCGAGUGUCUUUAAUGACUUUGCCCCAUGGCCCUGUAGAUACACCUGUUUUUAUGCCAGUAGGCACUCAGGGCACUAUGAAGGGUAUGUUGCCUGAUCAACUAGAAGAACUCAACUGUCAAAUUCUGUUAAACAAUACAUAUCACCUUGGAUUAAAGCCAGGUAAAGAAACACUUGAUCUUAUUGGUGGUUCACAUAAAUUUCAAAGUUGGAGAAGAAAUAUCUUGACAGACAGUGGUGGAUUCCAGAUGGUCAGUUUACUAAAGUUGGCAGAAAUCACUGAACAUGGUGUUCAAUUUGCUUCUCCUCAUGAUGGUUCUUUGAUGAUGUUGACACCAGAACACAGUAUGGAACUUCAGAACACAAUUGGAGCAGACAUCAUGAUGCAAUUGGACGAUGUUAUUUCUUCCUUGACCACAGGACCGCGAGUAGAAGAAGCGAUGUGGAGAUCCAUUCGUUGGCUUGAUCGAUGUAUUAAGGCACACAAAAACCCCGAGACACAAAACUUGUUUGCUAUUAUUCAAGGUGGCCUAGAUGUCGAAUUAAGAAAGAAAUGUGUAGAGGAAAUGGUCAAGCGAGAUUUACCUGGAUAUGCUGUGGGUGGUUUAAGUGGUGGUGAAGAAAAGGAUGUCUUUUGGCGAGUUGUCUCUCUCUGUACUGACUUAUUACCCAAAAACAAGCCAAUUUAUUGUAUGGGCGUUGGGUAUGCAGAAGAUCUUGUUGUUUGUGUAGCAUUGGGUGUGGAUAUGUUUGACUGUGUAUUUCCUACUCGAACUGCUAGAUUCGGUAACGCAUUAACCAUGAAUGGCACAAUUACAUUGAAAUCAGGUAAAUAUGCCACUGAUUUUGGACCUAUAGAAGAAGGCUGUGAUUGCUCUACCUGUAAAAACUAUACUCGAUCUUAUGUCCAUCUAAAUGUGACAUCUAAGGAUACAGUGGGUUGUCAUCUUGUGUCUAUCCAUAACAUUGCAUUCCAACUUCGACUGAUGCGUAGUAUGAGACAAGCCAUUGAAAAAGACGAAUUCCCUGCCUGGAUUAAAAACUUUUUCCAUGGCUAUUUCGGUGAUGCAUCUAAAUAUCCUGCAUGGUGUGUGAAUGCUCUGCAAAGCGUUAAUGUGGACUUAUCAAAAUAAAACGAGCUGCAUAAAUUUCA